UUUGGCACAUCUUUAGGGAGGAAGUGAGAGACCAUUGCGUGAAAUGGGAGACAAAGUAUUCAUUUACCUGCAAAAUGAGUGCCAACGCCAGCACCGGUAUACUCGAGUCGUGUGUCUUACGGGUGUCCGUCCGCAAAGAGUCGAAAGGCGGCCGUUCGUACCACAAGUUGGGCUUCGCGGACAUAAAUUUGGCGGAGUUCGCGGGCGCCGGACUCAUCACCAGGAGGUACCUGUUGGAGGGGUACGACACCAAACACCGGUCCGACAACAGCACACUCAACGUCUCCAUCGAGAUGACCCUACUGUCUGGCGACCCCUGUUUCAAAGCGCCAUCAUUCUAUACCUCACUGUUCCAGACGAGCGACAAAUCAAACGACCCUCAACUGCAUUUGGAUAGAAAAGGUGAUGAUUAUAGCGCCGGUAGUGUCGCCAGUGGUGGCAGUUCCGGCUUCGGUAGUCUGCCCCGUAAACAUCGGUCCUCUCUGUUAAGCUCAGAAUUGGUUACCGGCGCUCUCGGCACGGAAUGUUGCGACGGUCCCACACAGCCCGCGCAGACAACGCCCAAAACGCACAAAGCCUAUGAUAAUAGCACCGGUAGCUCAGUAUUAGCCGCAUCUACGGUACCCGUGCCGUCAUCAACAGCAGCCGCAGCACAGCCCCAGCAGUCAACCGCAGGUGACUACGAGUCGGGCCACUCACGCAACUCGAGUCAGACGUCACGAGUUUCCGGGUAUAAUAGUCUACCGUCUCAUAGCAGGCAGGGGUCAGCAGAUUCCGGGAAUACGAGGAAUUCCAUCGAAGCGAUCAAAUUCAAUAGCGCUGAGAGGAAAAGGAUUACGUCGAGCGCCGCCAAGAAGAUAGUGGAGGAGCAGAGCCGGAUGGACAGCACCCGUGUCAGCGCCGACCGUCUCAUCAACGAACUGCUCGAGCAGACGAACCUCGAGGGCGAUGGCGACGAGGAGUGCCACGAGUCUGUCGGUCUGGAGCUGUUUGUGGCCAAAGACGGCUCCACCACUCUGGGCACCCGACACGGCACCAAACAGACGGCCGGCGCUCAACACAGGUCCGCCUUCAGGAAUGGCCGCGUUUGAUGCGCACCACCACCGCUAGUAUAUCAUCCCAUUCCCCCUACUAUUGAUUCAAUGCAUUAUUAAAACGCAAAGUAAGUCAUUAUAGAAAUUAAUAAAUAUAUACAAAACU